AUGUCGAUAUAUACCAACAGCGUUAUUGCUAUGGAGGUUGGACCAAGCCCACUUGACACUAAUGGAUUAUGCCUCUUGUCCCUAGAUGGUGGGGGUGUGAGGGGACUCUCAAGCCUUCUGAUAUUGAAGGAUAUGAUGAUACAGCUUAAUUCAGAGCGCGAGGAUAGCGAAAUCCUCAAGCCUUGUGAUGUAUUCGAUCUGAUCGGUGGUACCAGUACAGGAGGACUGAUCGCCAUCAUGCUAGGACGGCUGGAAAUGGGUGUCGACGAGUGCAUCCUUGCAUAUACCGAAUUGAUGGAAUCGGUCUUCGGCGAGAAAAUUACCAAUAUUCCGGUUAACUUGUCUGGAAAGAUCGUAUCGCAAUAUGAUAGCAAGAAGCUCAAAAAUGCCAUUGAGAAUGUCAUCACUCGCGCUGGGUUGUCACCAACCGACCUGAUGAAUGAUGGGAAGCCCCGUCGCUCUAAAACCUUUGUCUGCACAACCUCCAAAGACACAUUACAAGUUACGCGCCUUCGAAGCUACCCUGUGCCAAAUGAGAUUGCGUUGCCGGCAACGAUUUGUGAAGCAGCAUUGGCAACAUCCGCCGCAACCAGAUUCUUUGAUUCGGUUUCGAUCGGAAAUCACCAAUUUGUGGAUGGUGCAUUCGGGGCCAACAACCCCAUUGAGGAAAUAGAAGAAGAAGCGGCCGAUAUCUGGUGCACCACGAGCCGGGCUCUACAAUCAUUAGUGAAAUGUUUGGUGUCCAUUGGAACUGGCGAUCCUGCUAAACUUCCUAUGGAUGACAAUGUUCUUAGGUUUCUUUCAAAGACAUUAGUCAGAAUGGCGACUAAACCUGAGAGCACCGAGCGUCGCUUCAUGUCUCGAUGGAGCAAUGAAGCAAAGGGAAAACGUUAUUUUCGUUUCAAUGUGGAGCAAGGACUGCAGCAAGUUCACAUGACCGAGUUUGAGAAGCAAAGUGUCAUCGAAUCUGCGACAUAUGCCUAUUUACAUCAUUCUUCACAAAAGGCCCGAGUACGUGAUUGCAUUCUGAAUCUUUCAGUAAAAGAAGGAAAGACAAGCAUUGACUUCGAAACAAAUAUACGUGAGCAUGAAGCUCGAGUUACUCGGCAUCGAAUUCUGCAAACCAUCCACUCAUCGGACAGCUCUUGUGGUUAUAGAAAGCCUGCAGGCUGGUUCGUCCCAUUUGAGAGAAAUCCUCGAUAUGUAGACCGUGAAGUCGUGGGCAAGGUAAAACGCAGAUUAUUUAGCAAAGACCGAACUGAAAGAAUUGCUAUCUUUGGCCUUGGAGGAAUAGGCAAGACACAAAUUGCCCUGGAACUUGCCUAUCAAACACGAGACCUCUAUCCAGAUUGUGAUAUCUUCUGGCUCCCUGCAGUCGAUCUGGAAAGUCUCCAACAGGCAUACCAAACAGUGGCCGACCAGCUUGGCAUCGGUCUCGAUGAUACAAAGGAGGAUAUAAAGAGCGUUGUCAAAGACCACCUAGGCAAACCAAGCAGCGGAAGAUGGCUUUUAAUUUUUGACAAUGCCGAUGAGAUUGAUAUGUGGACUGAAAGCAAAGCUUCGACCCCUGGAGGACUGAAAGACUACCUUCCCACAAGCGACCAAGGGGCCAUUGUCUUUACCACUCGAAGCAACAAAGUGGCCCAAUAUCUUGCCACAACAGACAUUGUGAAAAUUCCCGAGAUGGACGAGAAUAAAGCUACCCAUGUCUUGCGAAACUCUUUGGUUGACAAGGAAGUCCUUCACGACACCGAGAGUACACGGAAGCUUCUCAACCGGUUGACUUACCUCCCUUUGGCUAUUGUGCAAGCUGCUUCAUUUAUCAACGAAAAUGGAACUACACUGGCCGGUUAUGUUGAGCUUUUGGAUGGACAAGAGCAGAGCGCCAUUGAUUUGUUGAGCGAAGACUUUGAGGAUAAAGGUCGAUACCAAAAUAUUCGAAACCCUGUUGCGACCACCUGGCUUACAUCCUUCGAGCAAAUCUACCGACAGAGUCGCCUUGCUGCCGACUAUCUCUGUUUUAUGGCUUGUAUGCAAGAAAAAGACAUAUUGGUUUCACUUUUUCCUCCACAUGCAGGUGUCGAACAGCAGAAAGCGAUCGGUUUGCUCAGCUCUUAUUCCUUUGUACGCCUGACGUAUGGAGAUUCUCGCCUCGACAUGCAUCGUUUAGUUCAUCUUGCAACACGAAAUUGGCUACAGUCAAUCGGUUCCCUCCGACAAUGGCAGUCGUAUGUGUUGAUUGGGUUAAAUGCGCGCUUUCCCAACACUGAUAUCAUGUAUCGGAGUCAAUGGCGAGCUUCGGUACCCCAUGCCAUUCGGGUCCUCACUCUGACAGAAAAGGAAGAUCCCAUACCCGAAAGAGUCCACCUUUUACUCAAGGUAGCUAGAUGUCAAGUUACUGAUGGAAGGAACAAAGAAGCCGAGACCCUUUACGUUGAGGCCGUCCAAGUUUCGGAGACAUUAUACGGCCCCGAUAGUGUAGAUGCACUCGCGGGGAUGUACGGGUUGGUGAGUAGCUAUUCGCGCCAAGGCAAGGCGGAGAAAGCAAUUGAACUAUGCGAGGAGAUGGCGGAGACACAGAAAAGACUUCAUGGCCCCCAUAGCAUCGAAACUAUGAGGGCUCUUUUCCAGUUAUCGGGUAUGCACAGCAUCGCUGGCAACUAUGAUAAGGCGAAAGAGCUGUGCAGGAAAGUCAUCCCACACUAUCUCAGGACACUUGGCCCAGGUUCCAUUGAGACUCUCGAUGCUAUAUUUUCCCUAACCUUGACUUAUGUCUACGAUGGACAGCUCUUAGAUGCCACGGAGUUAUCUAUCCAGUCAUUGAAUAUCCACAGAAAGGCGUUCGGGUCGGACAAUACUCGAACGCUUGCGGCCAUGUGUGGAAUGGGCGUCAUAUACUUGAAAAGAUGGCAGCUUAAAGAGGCCGAAUCAUUGUUUAGAGAAGCAUUUGAAACUCAAAAGCGUAUCUUCGGAAGUGAACAUCCUGACACAAUCACGUUCAUGGCUUGGCUAGCUACCACAUGGAGGUAUCAAGGUCGGCACAAAGAAGCUGUUUCCUUAAGAACAGAGUGUGUCCGUUGCUGUGUGCAGGUCUAUGGUUUAGACCAUGAUUAUACUCGGGUUCACUACUCAUACCUGGAGUCAUGGACUAAGUUCAAGACCCUGCACUCAUUCUUACGCAACAAUCUCCCUCAUAUUCAGCGUUCGGAUAUGAUGCUGGAACGAAGGAGCCAUUAUCCUAAAGUCAAGGUGUAUGGUCUCUGGUACGCUCGACGACAGCCAAAAAAUGAUUCUUUGCUUCGUGAAAUCCAAGAAGCCGUGAAGGGCAUGUCCGUGAACAGGCAAAUCUCGAGUGGUGCAGUCACCCUGAUUGAUGGCCAGACGGCCGAAAAAGAUGUGACGGGGGCAUUUCAACAACCCUCCUAA